UAUGUUUACUUUUUUUUCUUUUUUAUAUUAAGCACGCAUUUUUACAAACAUGGCUUUUUUUUUGUCACUGGAAAAGAAUGAUGAUUAAGUUACAAGGUGACACCCGAUAAUAUAGAUCCGACCUUCUCUUUUAUUUUUAUUUUUCUCUGCUUGUAAACCUGUGGAAUUUUUAUUCUCUUCUUUUUCUUUCACACUUUUUCUUAAAAAAUGGAGAAUAGAUUUCCAAUGAACAGUGGGUGGGUGGAAACCCCUAAACUACGUAAACGCACCGUUCAUCAAGAGAAAAAAAAGGCAUCGUCAGUGCCAACCACGCCAUCGCUACAACAAAACAACCAUUUCGAGCCUCUUUCACCUCCAUCUACCAACAAAAAAAAGAAAAAGAAGAGACCACGCACUCAUAGCAGCAGUAGCAGUAACCGAUCCCCUCUCUCACAAGAAAUUACCAAUGAUGUAUGGGACGAUCAUGUCGUCCCAUGCAACGAAAUGGAAGGCUUACACACUACAGCUCCUCCCCCAGUGGUGAUAGAAACUUUACGGCAGAUAUCCUUUCUGGAUUAUCUCAAGGACGAAUUAACCGUAGCCGAUUUCGAUAGUGCCCAAGAGCUAAAAAGAGAACGUGUCACCAAUUUCCUCGCCGUACCUGCAGCCAUUGAAAAGUUGAUGGCAUUUGGCUUUUUCGUAUGCUUGGAUUCGUUCCUAUACACGUUUUCGAUUCUACCUUUACGCUUCUGUUUAGCAUUCUACCACUAUGUAAUUUAUAUCUUUGGGCAUAUUCAACUGAUGUUUGGUCAAAGACGGAGGUGCGUACGUCUGAGACCUUCGCAGAAAUGUGAUUUACUCAAGGGAUUUAUGAUCAUCAUCACCUGUAUCGUCAUGUGGUCUCUGGAUCCAUCGCGUAUUUACCAUUCGAUCCGUGGUCAAGCCGUGUUAAAAUUGUAUGUGGUGUUCAACGUAUUGGAAAUAUGUGAUAAAUUAUGCUGUUCUGUCGGUGUCGAUAUUUUAGACGCAUUAUUUUCGAAAUCCACUUUAGGCAAUUCCGAAGAAGGAGGGAAGGGUUAUGCAAAACGGCAAUUAAAGCCAAUCACCUUGUUUUGUUUAGCCACAGGCUACAUGAUUGUGCAUACCUCUGUAUUGUUCUUUCAAAUGAUCACCUUAAACGUCGCCAUCAACUUUUAUUCAAACGCUUUACUUUCACUCCUCAUCUCCAAUCAAUUUGUGGAAAUCAAGCAGUCGGUAUUUAAAAAGUUUGAGAAGGAAAAUCUAUUUCAAUUGACAUGCAGUGAUAUCGUCGAACGCUUUCAACAAUGUGCUUUCUUAUUUAUCAUUACUUUACGAAACGUCAUUGAAUUAUCUGAAUCAGGUCCUUCCUCUAUCUUACCAUCCACAUUUGUACCGUUGUUUAAAUUGCCUGCUUCCACUUCUUUAAAUACCCUCAUGACACCCGUCGUCAUGGUCAUCGUUUCAGAACUCAUGGUCGAUUGGCUUAAGCAUGCAUUCAUCACCAAAUUCAACCAAAUCCGUCCUUCUAUCUACGGUAAAUACAUUGACGUCCUCUGUAAAGAUCUUGUCAUUGGAAGUCCCGGUCGUAUGAGUGGUCGAAAUCAUGCCUUUGUAGAUCAAUCUCCCGUUGUCUCGCGUCGAAUUGGCUUUCCCGUCCUUCCCUUGGCCUGCCUAUAUGUUCGUAUGAUGCAACAAAUUUUACCCAUGAUGUUCAUGUCACAUAAUACACCAGACGCUGCAACAACAAGCUCUUUCACCUCAGUGAUCACCAAAUAUCUGAUGGAUUAUGGGGGUGGCAUUCAUCAAUUAUUGCCAGUACGUAUUCAGCUCGUCGUGGUUUCCAUGGUGAAACAGGGAUGGUUAGAACACGGACUUGAUAAAUUAUUUGGGUUUAUCACAUGGACUUUAGUCGUUGCCAUUCUCGCCCUCAUCUUAUUGGCGUUGAAAGUGUUGGUGGGUAUUAAUUUACUGGGCUUCGCCUACCGACGAUUCUGUAGCAUGGAAGAACGAGAAAGGGACGAUUUAAAAAAGGACAAGGAAAUGAAGGAGAUGAGUAAAGAUGAGACAGAGUAUGCACAAUCUGUGCGAGAUUAUUUAAAUAACCCCGAUGAUAAUAUCUUGGGCGCAACACCUGUAAAAUACACUUUAGACAAUGUUGAUCGAUUUUCCAUGGUCAAAAGUCGAAUCCCUUAGAUAACACAUCAUAUAAUAAUAAUAAUAAUAAAAAAAGUUAUUGUUUA